AUGAUCAAACCAGCCAAGUAAGACAUGCAGCAGGGAAACGGGUCCUCCAUGACGGAUUUCAUUCUCCUGGGCCUCUUCUCAGACUCCAGGCAUCCUGGCCUUCUCGUCACUAUCAUUCUCUUCAUUCUCGGGGUAGCCGUCGCUGGAAACUCAGUCUUGGCCCUACUGAUCUGGGGCAAUGCCCACCUCCACACCCCCAUGUACUUCCUGCUCAGCCAGCUCUCCCUCAUGGACCUCACCCUCAUCUCCACCACUGUCCCCAAGAUGCUCGCUGACUUCUUCUCUGGACAUGCAUUCAUCUCUCACACUGGCUGCGGAGUCCAGAUCUUCUUUUACUUGAUGCUAGGAGUGGCUGAGUGUGUUCUCUUGAUGCUCAUGGCGUUUGACCGCUACUUGGCCAUCUGCAGCCCCCUCAGAUACCCAGUCAUCAUGACCCCCGGGGUCUGUUUGCAAAUGGCCACGGGUUCGUGGGCUGGAGGGGUGCUCGUCUCCCUCAUUCACACAGUUUAUGCCAUGAAUUUCUCUACUUGUGACUCCAGGAUAAUCCACCAUUUCUUCUGUGAAGUCAUGGCCUUUCUGAAGCUCUCCUGUGAGGACACCUCAGCCUAUGAGAAGGUGGUGCUGGCAUCCGGCAUUGUCUUCCUCCUCAUACCUUUUGGUCUCAUCCUGACCUCCUACGUCCUCAUCUUUCUCACUGUGCUCCACAUGAACUCCCCCGAGGGCAGGAACAAAGCCCUGGCCACCUGCUAUUCCCACCUCAGUGUGGUGAGCCUCUACUUUGGUCCAGCCAUGAUCAUCUACAUGACCCCAGGUUCCUCUCUGCCCCUAGACGUGGGCCAGCAUCUCUUUGUGUUUAAUGCAGUCAUCACCCCCAUGCUGAACCCACUCAUCUACAGCCUGAGGAACAAGGAGGUGUUGGAGGCUCUGAGGAAGGUUCUAUGGAGAAAGCUGAUGUUCAAAGGGAAAAGAUGAUGCCUCUUUUAUAAUGCUAGUGCUAUUAGGAAAAACUCAACUCUGCAUUUCAGUGUGUCAACAACAUUCAACAAAUUACACUGCUUUUCUUUCUGAUUUCUAAUAAUAUGAACCAUACUACAAUGAGGGUGAGGGAGUGGGGUUCUAUUUAACAGUUACCCAACCUGACUGAGCAUAACAUAAAUACCCAAUUUCCCUAGACCUCAUGAGUCAAAUUCUUUCAAAAAUUGAUACAAGCAUGUGUCUUCAACAAGCUGUACAUGAUUCAAGAUACCCUGAUGCAUGACAUGGUCCUCAUGUGCCUUUCCA